AUGGACUCAGCCGACCGGACUGUUCGCGCAAGCAAGACCCUUUCAAGAGGAUCGAGGCCCCGAGAAUUGUGUCUCACUCUGAGCACAUCUGGUAGGCGUCAGGACGGCCUGGACGUGUUACCGCGCAGGAUGAAAUUAGCAGCGGCGUUCGUGAGAAGCAUACUUGCUUUUCGCAAGAAAGUGGUCGAGGUGUGUUUUGAAAAAGACGUCACGAAUCCACCGGAAGCGACGAUCUUCACUUGCGACCACGACCUCAAAGCUGUACGUCGGAAAUCAGGCGAGUUGAAAAACGGUGCCAAUUCCGUUUGGAAGUUGGACUAUCCAUGCAGCAGAACCACUUGCAUUCGCGGUACAUGCGUCAACGGGGCACAGAACAGCAGUGCCCCCGGUUGUCACAGCAACGGCAGGACGAAAGUUGUAAGUGUACCAGAAAGUGGGUGUGACGUCUACCCAACUUCCGCCUCCAUUGUCAGUCGUUCACGAGGUCGUGUGCAACCGCACAUUUGGCGACCAGUUGGGCGCAUCUCUUCUCGCUCCGCUACGAUCGGGCGGUGGUCGCCCGGCCCCAACAACGACAGUCCCCAUCACAAAUCUGUCUUCCGAUCGCGACAUGAGCAGCACGAAGCUGGCCUUCAAGACUCAUUUCGUUCAGAUUCACCACAACUUCUGCGAUUCCGGCUUAAAAGUUAUGCCGCAGCCAGCUUGCAAGCGCUUUUGAGUUUACAUUUUGUGGAAGCAAAAUCGGCAUUAUCUGGGACCCGAGCAAGUCAUACAAAAAAGCUUGAUUCAAGCGUCGAAUUCGGUGUUCGAAAUCGUGAAAAAGGGUCCCUGCAAUCUGUGCUCCAGUCUGGUCGGAAUCCGUGGAACCUCAGUUUGCGUCUCAAAAAGCUUCCAUUAGCAUUGGAAACAGAAUUCGACACCAGAUUCAGCAUGUUUCGAGGCAAAGCCUACGGGGGCCUAGUUAGGGGGACAGAUAAUUUCAGACUUGUGUGA